UAACGAAGGGAGGGGACAGGCCAGAGAGAGAAGAAAACCCAAAAAUUUAAAAGCAAAUUUCUCCAUCACUUUCCACUACUCCAUCACUGUCCUCAGAGCCCCUCUCUCUCUCUCUCUUCAGUUCUCUGUUAGCCGCUUUGAAUAAUUUCCCACUCAUUUUUUCACACAACCCUCUCUUCUAAUGGAACCCUUGCCCUCGCCCGUGACUCCACCGCCACCUCCCAUCUUACCUUCAUCUCUCUAAUCCAAAAUCCUAAUCCUCUGUUUUUUUCUCUCUCUUUUACAGCUCAAAAGGGAAAACAGGAAAUCCAAACCUUACCUUAUAUUCCUCCUCUGUUUGCAACAAUCAAUUUCACCCCCAUUUCAUGUAUGACCUACUACUCUACCUGUAGCAAACUGCGACGGCGACGGCGACGGCAACCAUGCGAUCCCCUCAGUCACUCCGUAACGGCGGCGGCACACCAUCGCCUCACGCUCGAAUCCCUACUCCUCACCAUCACUUUCACUCGACCGUCUCUGUUCAGAAACUGAAGCGCUUCAACUCUCUCAUCCUCGUCUUCCGUUUGUCUACCUUCUGCUUCUCCCUUGCCUCUGCUGUUUUCAUGAUUACUAACUCUCGUGGCUCUGGAUCCGAUUCCCCUCGCUGGUACGAUUUCGACGCCUUCAGGUACGUCUUCGCGGCAAACGCCAUAGUUGCAGUGUACUCACUGUUCGAAAUGAUUGCCUCCGUGUGGGAAAUCUCGAGAGAAGUGACGCUGUUCCCUGAGAUUUUACAAGUCUGGUUCGACUUCGGCCAUGACCAGGCGUUCGCGUACCUUCUUCUCUCUGCGGGCUCCGCAGGGACGGCUCUCUUGAUAACUCUGAGGGGAACCGACACGUGUAGGGCUACCAGCGCCUUUUGUGUUCAAUCCACGAUCUCGAUUGCGUUGGGAUUCGCCGGUUUCCUGUUUCUCGGGUUAUCCUCGCUGCUUUCGGGUUUUCGGGUCGUCUGUUUCGUAAUCAACGGCUCUCGUUUUCAUUUAUAACCCUUCCCUCCUUGAAGAGGACCUCCACCGCUGAAUUUUUUGGUGCGUCAUGUCGUUUGAUUUGCCUAAUUAUAUCUAAUGGUCCUUCAUCUUUUUCUUUUU